UUUAAUUAAUUUAAUUUAAUUGGGGGAAAAAAAAUUAUGUUGGUACCAACACAUAAUAAUUUGACGGAUUUGAAUGCGGUAAAUAACGAUAAAUAAGCUUUUCUUGUAAGAUUUAAAGAAAAAAAGUGAUUUUGAGUAAGAAUGGAUACGAAAAAGAGAGUGGAGAAGUGGGCUAAGAGUAUGGGGUACACGGGGAAUGUUCCGAAUUGUUUUAAAAAUGUUUGUGGCCCUGAAACGAUUCAUAUUUGGGAACAAUUAGUAUCAAAGAUAAAACCGAAAGAUGAAAUCGACCAUAUUCGAAGAAACAUCAUUAUUCAUGAGUUAAAUGGAAACUUACCGGAGCACUCAAUGGGGAGAUGUAAAGAAAUCGAAAUUUAUAAAAAAAAGAACGAAUUAAAAGCAAAAAAAUUUAAACUAAAAGAUGAAGUAUCAGAAAAAAUUGAGAAUUUAGAGAAUUUUAAAGUGAAUCUUGAUUAUAAACGUGCCCAAAACGAGAAAUUAAAGGAACAAAUAAGGGAAAAUAAACGAAAAGAAUUUUUAUACACCCAAAAAAGGAUCGAUUUUGAAAAAAACAUUAAAGUAAUGGAGCAGAAAUUAGAUUUCUUUGAAAAUAAUCACAAAAACUUAAAGAACGGCGAUAAAAAAGAGAUUGUGGAGGUUUUAAAUAAACUUUCGAAUAAAAUUAAUUUAAAAAAGCAGUCUUCUUUAACCACAUCAUUAAUUUUUAACGAAACAAUAACUAAAAGUUCAUUUACUUUUGAGCAAUCACAAUUUUUAGAGCUCCACAUUGAUAAAACAAAUUUAAAUCAAAAAAUCGACGUCUUAAACAACAAAAAUUUCAUGGAUGAAGUCAAAAAAAUCAUAUCAAAGCACGAUUUUAACAAAACCAUAUCAUUUUUGACGAAUCUCAUCAAUGAAACUAAAAUAAAAACGAUCGAAAUCGUUUCGAAUCAAUCCUGCAAUAAAUUAGAAUUAAUUAAAAGUAGGAGAAGAAUUAAAACUUUAGAUUUUGUUUAUUCGGAUGAUAUAAAGAAUCGUUUAAUGAUUUUGAAAUGUAAUAAAGAGAUUAAUAAGCAACGAGAUGAUUUUGAAAAGAAAUUGGGGGAUAUUUAUGAUCAAUUUCUUUGUUUGAAUUUAUCCCAAAAUGAAAUAUCAUCAAUGCGGGAUUUAAUCGAGUUAAAAUUGAAAGAAAUUGAAACUUCAACAGCUUUAGAAACGUUACAAAGCGAAUUAAAAAAGCUUGAUAAUCCUAAUGGUUUUAAUUUAGAAUCUGUUGAGUUAAAACUUGCUUCUUUUGAAAAAAAAUUAAGCGAUUAUGACAAAAAAUUGAACCAAAUUGUUUUGUUAAGCGAGGAUAUCGACGAAUCGAUUAAAAACACUCAAAGAGAAACGAAAUUUUUAUUCUCCGCCUUGCAAAGGUUAUCAUUGGAAACCGCCUCAAUGUCGUUUUUGUUAGAAAAGGGGUUAAACAAGAAAGAGAUAGAGACGUUUAAUGAUUACGAUUUGGUUUAUAAUCGAAAAGUUAAUUUAAAUAGAGGGAGUGUGUUCGUUAGGGGGUUACUUAAUGUCGAAAUCGAUGAUUUUAAAAAGCUUCGGGGGACUUUAAAUAAUAUUUAUGCACCUCCUGAGAUGAUUAUUUUGGAAUUAAUUAGGAAUAAAAUCGUUUUAAACAACUCAAAUGCUAUGUUGUGUGCGGAUAAGGAAUUAAAAUAUGAAAAAUAUUUAUUAAACCAAUUAGAAGAACAACAAAUUGGAAUUAAUCGGGUUUUGAACGAUUUGGAGAUUGUUUAUAAGCAAAACACCUCAAUUCCCAAAAAUAUUAUUUCGCAACAAGAAAAAAUUAUGAAAUUUUGGUUGGAGAUGCCGAUUGAUAAAUUUGUGGAUUCGAAAUUGUUGUUUAACGAGAAAAAUUUUGAGUAUUAUAAGAGAUUGUAUGAUAAUUAUUAUAAAAAGUUGUGAAUUAAAUAAAUAAAUCGAAUAAUUCAACCAAAAAGUUGGGUUAUGUUAUUUUACUAAACAUAA